CUGCGUCCCAUGUGCCACUGCUGCCGAGCGCGCAAGCAGUUCCAGUCCUCCUCCUGUGGACGCGCAGGACUCUGGGACCGAAGUCCGAUUCUAACCAGACCGUGAGCAGCUUCUGCUCCUAAAAAUGAAUGAAAUCCACUCAUACGGUGAAAUAUAAAGACUCUGGCACCGAGCACGUCCUCGUUAGAUGCCACCGCUUCGUGUCUGGCUCCUACAUCCGGCUGCCGGCGGUGCGCACAGGACCGCAUGGGUAACCUAUGAGAGCGUGUCGGGGACUGGAGUGAGGAGAUCGGUGCUCUGUGCGACUACCGGGACUCUGAAAAGCCACGAUGCUGAGAAUGGAAAGCGUUUAGAGCAGCCUGCUUGAGUCGAGAAGAGAGUUUGGGGCCAUUUCUACGAGAGCGACAACCGCACUUUGAAGACACCAACUUAACUGUCGCCGUCGUCUCGAUGCUGCCGGACUGAAGGACUGAGGAGAUGCGAGGUGGAACAUGGAUAUACGAGAAGGGAUGAACAUCACUAAACACCACAGGAGAUGUACAGAACAGUAAAAGUGCUGGAGAGGACAAAGCCAGGAUUCUACACACCUGUGAUUGGACGUGAGCUCGUAUUGACCCAAGACCAUUAAAAUGGAGUUGCUAUGGAAACUUAUACUGCUCCUGUCAUUGGUGGAGUGUCUGGCAGGAAGCGGAGUCCUGCUGAGGCCCGUGUUCACCAAACAACCAGGCAGUGUGGUGUUUCCCAUUCAGCCUGGAGAGAACCGCAGAGAGGUGGUGUUCAGCUGCGAGGCCCAGGGACUCCCGCCACCCUUCUACAGGUGGAAGCUAAAUGACUCUUUGAUCCUGCCCAGACCGGGGUCACGCUACUCUCUCAUGGGAGGAAACUUACGCAUCAGCCAUCUGAAUAAAGAGGAGGAUGUUGGCAUCUAUCAGUGUCUGGCAUCCAACUCCUUUGGCACCAUCGUCAGCAGAGAGGCCAGUCUGCAUGUUGCAUACUUGGAGAAUUUCAAGACCCAGAGAAGAAGUCCGGUGAGGGUUCGCGAAGGUCAAGGAGUGGUCUUACUGUGCGGCCCGCCCCCACACUCUGGAGAACUCUCCUUCACUUGGAUCUUCAAUGCGUACCCGUCGUUUGUUAUCCAGGACACGCGGCGCUUUGUGUCCCAGAAGACAGGAAACCUCUACAUCGCAAAAGUGGAACCGUCUGAUGUGGGCAACUACACCUGUGUAGUCACCAACACGGUCACCAAAAGCAACGUUCAGGGGCCACCGACACCUCUAGUCCUGCGGGUUGAUGGUGUGAUGGGCGAAUACGAGCCAAAGAUUGAAGUGCAGUUCCCUGACGUCGUCCCUGUCGCUAAGAGCUCAACUGUCAAACUGGAGUGUUUUGCACUCGGAAACCCGGUGCCAACCAUCAGCUGGAGAAGAGUGGAUGGAGCCUCAUUCGGCAGGAAGGUGGACAUAAAUAAAGCCAGCGGAGUUUUGGAGAUCCCUUAUUUCCAGCAGGAGGAUGCAGGCAUAUAUGAAUGUGUUGCUGAGAACAGCAGAGGAAGAAACUCGGUUAAAGGAAAGCUGUCUUUCUAUGCUGCACCUCACUUGACUGAGAAGCCUCAAGAUGUUCAGAAGACUAUUGAUGACACUCUGGUGUGGGAAUGCAAAGCCAGCGCCAAGCCCAAACCCUCGUACCGCUGGCUGAAGAACGGAGAGCCGCUGGACCCCAUAGAGCAGGACAGAGUUCAGCUGAACAACGGCAUUCUGACAAUCAGCAGCUUGAAUCUGGCCGACAUCGGCAUGUACCAGUGUGUGGCAGAGAACAAACACGGCCGGAUCUUCACCAACGCCGAGUUACGAGUUAUAGCCAUCGCCCCAGACUUCUCCCAGAACUUGCUGAAGCCCCAAACUUUGGCCCGACAGGGUGGCGACGUUCUAAUCGAAUGCAAGCCCAGGAUGUCUCCUCGGGGCGUGAUUUCAUGGAGAAAGGGGAAGGAAGCCCUGAGAGAGAGCCACAGAGUUAUGGUGCUGGAUAAUGGAAGCCUACGGAUUUCCAAUGUCACUAAAUUGGAUGCUGGACUCUACACUUGUGUGGCCAGAAACCAGUUUGGAGUAGCGAGCAGCGCUGGCAGCCUUUUGGUUAAAGAGGCGACUGUGAUCACCAGUCCAGCCGGUCACCUGGACGUGACUGUGGGCGAAAGCAUCGUGCUGCCAUGUCAGGUAUCACACGACCCGACGCUGGACCUUAAGUUCACCUGGUUCUUCAACGAGCAGCUCAUCCACUUUGGAAGCCACGGGGCCUAUUUUGAAAAAGUUGGCGGGCGAUCGGAUGGUGACAUCAUGAUCCGCAACAUCCAGCUGAGGCAUGCUGGGAAAUAUACCUGUGCAGUUCAGACCAAGGUGGACAGUGUUUCUAUUGCCACUGAUGUGGUCGUCAGAGGUCCUCCAGGUCCUCCUGUGGACUGUCAGGUGACUGAGAUGACGGAGACCACAGCCUCUGUUUCCUGGGGACCGGGCUCAGACAACCACAGCCCCAUCCUCGGCUACACCAUCCAGGCCAGGACGCCCUUCUCUCUGGGGUGGCAAGCCGUCACCACCGUUCCUGAGCUGCUGGGGGGGAAGCAGCUGUCAGCCACUGUCAUUGACUUGAGUCCCUGGGUGGAGUAUGAGUUCAGAGUCUUGGCAACCAACAGCAUAGGAACAGGAGAGCCCAGCAAACCCUCCAAAAAGGCCCGCACCAAAGAAAUGCUUCCGAGAGUGACUCCAGCGAGGGUGAACGGUGGCGGAGGAGGACGUUCAGAGCUGGUUAUCACAUGGGAGCCUGUUCCUGAGGAGCUUCAGAGCGGACCGGGCUUCGGCUAUGUGGUGGCUUUCCGCCCACUCGGGGCGCCGGGCUGGAUGCAGGCUGCUGUCACGUCGCCAGAUGCUUCCAGAUACGUCUUCAAGAACGAGAGCAUCCCUCCCUUCUCCCCUUACCAAGUCAAAGUCGGGGUUUACAACAACAAGGGAGAAGGACCCUUCAGUCCUGUAACCACCAUUUACUCAGCAGAGGAAGAGCCCAGCAGAGCUCCGGGGAGGCUGAGGGCGAGGAGUGUAUCAGCAUACGAGGUAGAGGUCACCUGGAAGCCGCUGGCCUGGAGUAACAACCGCAGACGCAUCCUGGGCUACGAGUUGCAGUACUGGGGUGAGAAGGAAAAGCAGGCUGCAGCCAGCGUGAUCAGGACGGUGGGGAAUAAAACUUCAGUUCUCAUCAGGGAUCUGGAGGGCAGCAGUACCUAUUUGGUGUCCCUGCGGGCCUAUAACAGCGCUGGAGUGGGUCCACAGAGCAGCAUAGUCAAUGUCACAACCAAGAAACCACCACCUAGUCAAGCUCCGGUCAAAAUCAUGUGGAACACUUCCAACUCCAAGGUCAUCCUGAGGUGGGACCAAGUGCACGCCUUGGAGAACGAGUCCGAAGUCACAGGAUACAAGGUGAUGUACAGCCAGGACAAACACAGCCGGCCCAACGUGGUGGAGACCAACAACACCUCCUUGGAGUUGUCGCUGCCGGUCAACCAGGGCUACGUGAUCCAGAUUAAACCCUUCAGUGAGGGAGGAGAAGGCAUCAGCAGCCGCCAGAUCACCAUCCCCAAGAUAGCAGGCGCCAUAGCCACAGGAGUAGCCCCGGAGUCCUUGGCGUUCCCGUUGGUCAACCUUGCAGCUGUAAUCCUCACAACCGGAACGGUGCUAUGACAAACAUGUGCAGGAACCGGGCGCUGCAGCUGCUUUUUAGGAGGGAAAAACAGCAGGUCAAAGACAACCGGAGGCUGAUAGCAGCAUUUCCACCUGCUCCCCCUUCCCCACCCUACUGUGUCUUUCCUCUUCUUUCUACAAAGAUCUCUUUGUGAGGAAGACUCUUUUCCUCUACCUUCCUUAAAGUAGUGUCUGAAAGGAGCUGUCUCUUUCAGAAGUUGCUUUUAUGGAGCUGAAAGGACACCAUGACUCGACUGUAGUCUCUUUGAAGGUGUUUUUUUUCUUCCUCUUCUCCUUCCUAACCAAUGGAUAUUCUCAUAAGGUUUUUGCCUCGGAGGCCACAGUAGAAUGUGCUCAUGUUUUUCUCGGUGGGACCUCGCAGGUUCCCUUAAACGGAUUUGUAUGUACCACCGGACUUUUCUUGGAUGAUGGGAUUUAAACAUACAUGGGAGCGGAGGAGACCUAAACCCAUUUGCUAAGCGCAUAUUUAUGUGAUUGAAGUCAUAUUUGAGCUUGAUUUAAGGGGAUUAAGGGGACGCUUUGGAGUGUCUUUGGGAAAAGCUCCUGCACUGUCUGAGAAGGAAAACCAACUGUUACUCAACCCUGUCAAAAAAGAAACAAAAUAAAGAGGAAAAAAAACAACAACAGGGACCUAAGGCCUCAUUGCUUCUUGACAACCACAGUUUGAGACCUUUAUAUCUUUGCCUGGAUUUUAUUCGCGCUUUUACGUUCCAUCAUCCAAACCUCUGAGUUGCCAUGAAACUGGACUGGAACCAAAGGGGCCAAAAAGGUUCAACUCCGCCUGUUGUGUCAUUGUGAGAUAAUUCAGCGUGUAUCCCCUCCAUCAUGGCUUCCAUUGUAAACAGCAAACUUGUGUUUUAUUAAUUGAUGUCUUGCCUUCCUCCUUUAUCCAUGGUAGGUGUGUAACGAAGGCACGCUGAGCAGUGUGAGUUGUUGUACACUGUAUGUAUGAAAAUCCUCAGGUCCCAAAUGAGCCUUAAGUCUUAUGAUUAUGAUCCAUGUUGUUAUUAUUCCAGAGAGCUUUUAUUUAUUUCCCUCCUUGGUUUAUCCGCAUUGUAUUUUGGCUCACUCAUGCUAUAAUUUAUGAAUAACUGACCUAACUGUUAUGCUACGUUGAGAUUGUUUCACUUCUUGAUCAUUUUUAGAUCAUAUUUUUUGGGCAUUUUGGGCUCAGAAAAAAACAGGCCUUUUCUCUUAUGUCCUUCCUGAUGAGCGUUGUAAUACGAUAAGUGGCAGUGAUUACUGACUUUUCUAACAUAGCUUACUACAAAGUAGGGACGGUUUGUUACCGCCAGCUGCUGUUUGGCAUGACGAUCGGUCGGUGUAUGUACCUUGCUUAGGGUGUCUGAAUGGAUCAACCUGCUUUUAAUAAACAUAAUGCCAUUUUCCUCA